UCACCCCGAGACUUUCCUUUACAUCAACACACGCAACACGAGGGGUUGUGAACGUCAAGAUGCGUCUUGAAAAGUGUUAUUACUGCUCAUCUACUGUGUAUCCCGGUCACGGAAUACAGUUUGUGAGGAACGAUUGUAAGGUUUUUAGAUUCUGUCGAUCAAAAUGUCACAAAGCAUUUCAGAAGAAGAGAAACCCCAGAAAAGCUCCAUGGACUAAGGCAUUCAGGAAGGCGCAUGGCAAAGAGCUUACAAUCGACCCGUCAUUGGAGUUUGAAAAGAGACGAAAUGUUCCUGUUAAAUAUGACCGAGAACUUUGGCAAAACACAGUGAGAGCCAUGCAGCGAAUUGGGGAGAUCAGGUCACGAAGGGAGAGACAGUUUGUUAAAAACAGGUUAAAGAAGGGUAAGGAGCUAAGGAAGGAGGCCGACAUCAAGGAGGUUGAGAAGAAUAUCCAUCUUAUUAAGUCACCAGCAGCUCGGUUGGCACAGAAGGAGAAGAAGCUGGUGGAGGUGAUCGUGGAGGAUGAUGAUGAGGACAUGGAGGAGAACUAACAGGGCACGUCAAUGUCUGCACACAGGAUACAGAGAUUUCAUUACAUGCAGAUUAUAAACAUACAAAGUCAAGGUUGACUUUUGGUAUCUCGGAGUGGCUUUGUUCACAUAACACAUCCGUUCAGGAUGCUAACUCUUCAGAUGAGAGAGGUAUUUGCGAAUUGAAAUUCACAACUUCACUGUAACAAGAUCCUAUAUUUUGAAAUAUAAUGAAUACUAUGCUCAUUUAUUUGUUGGUAACCAUGAAGCAAGUUUAAUCUUUGUAAUGUUUUGACAAUUUCUUGGUGCAAUUUUGCUUGUGUUGCAACCAAUGUUAGAUCACUCUCUGAAACAAGUUCUACUACCAUGGAAACAAUUGUGAGGGCAAGUUAAAAUAAGGUUGACUGGAAAUCAGGAUAAUGAGCAUUGCCAGGGUCAAGGCUGUGUUGCUCUGGUGCAUCAUAACAGUGGAUGCAACACAUGGCUCAGGAGGCUUAGGACAAACUAUUAUAUGCAUUGUUCUUUGUCACUUGUGUGGUCAUGAAUAAAUUAUCACAGUACAAA